AUGAACUUCAGUCAGCUUAAAAAAUUGGAUGAGGAAUCUUUGGCACAUUUGCAAGAGGGCUCGGGUCCCGUAGACGAGUGCCUCUGUCCCCUGCUAUCUCCCCCUGAUGCCGAGAGAAAGAGUCUAGGAGCUUCUAUCAAGAAAGCUUUUGCGAACUUCAAUCCUGGAAAGAAGAGAAAGUCUUUCGGAGGAAGCAGAAAUGUGGAUAUACCAAUAGUGUUUUCUAAAGGAGAACAGGGCGUAUAUUCAACGAAAGAGGUGGUUAAACGCAAGUCUAAUUGCGGUCGCUGCGGCUGCGACAGAGAAAACAUAGUGCUGAAGCAUUCCUACGCGAACAUAAGGAUCACCAGCCCUGAUGUCAGUUCCAUCUGCCCUUGUCCUAAUGAUUGCUUACCAGAUAAACACAAACUCCUGAACAAUAUAAAAGUGACAGUUGAACGUGUAACCAUAGACCCGGACAGCGAGAGUUCAGAGACAAGCCUUCACAACCACAGACCGAGGAAUGUUAGAGAGCCAGAAAUGACAGACAAGAGGUCCGUAUCUAGCCUUAUAAACGCACAGUAUGAGAAAGAUGAAGAAAACGUAUAUAAUAGAUGAUUUGAGAAACUUUCAAGACACAAUUUCACGAACGAUAUAAGC